GCGGAAUUAACGUCAAAUGUCAAUUGUUCAUGCACGAUUCGAAAACGUCAUUUUGUGUCCGUGAUCAGUGUGAGGCUUUGUGGAUUACGAGAACUUGAAAUUUAAUGUUUUUUAAUCUAGAUUUUUGCUUCACGUAGUAAGGAAGCAACAUUCUUAAUAUGAAUAGAAUAUAUAAAAUAUUUAUUUUGAUACUGUCAGUCUCACUGGCACAAGAUAUUGAUGAUGAAGUUACAGUGGAGACAGUUGACGAAAAUAUCUCAGAUGUAACAUAUGAAAGUCCUACACCUUUGGAUGCUUCUGCAGUUUAUUUUGCUGAACAUUUUGAUAAUCCUGAUCAAUUCAGUAAGAAAUGGGUAAAGUCUCAAGCAAAAAAAGAGGGAAUUGAAGAGGAGAUUGCAAAGUAUGAUGGAGUUUGGUCCCUAGAGCCGCCUCAAAAAGAUAGCCUUCCAGGUGACCAAGGAUUAGCUUUAAAAUCAAAGGCUAAACAUGCUGCAAUUUCUUCUUCUUUAUUUAAACCAUUUGUGUUUGAUAAAAAUCCCUUGAUAGUCCAAUAUGAAGUAUUCUUGCAAAAUGGACAAGAAUGUGGUGGGGCCUAUUUAAAAUUACUUAGCGACACAGCAGCUACCAAAGAUUUGAAAAAUUUUCAUGACAAAACCCCUUAUACAAUUAUGUUUGGACCAGAUAAGUGUGGCAAUGACCACAAACUGCACUUCAUUUUUCGACACAAAAAUCCGAAGAAUGGAUCAGUAGAAGAAAAACAUUGCAGUAAACCAAAGGAGCGCCUGGAAGAGUUUUUCUCAGACAAAUUACCUCAUUUAUACACUUUAAUUUUGAGACCAGACAACAACUUUGAGGUUCAAGUUGACAAAAAAAUCGUGAAUUUUGGUAAUUUGCUGGAAGAUUUUGAGCCACCAGUGAAUCCCCCUGCAGAAAUUGAUGAUCCAAAUGAUACAAGGCCAGAAGAUUGGGAUGAGCGGGAGAAGAUACCAGAUCCCAAUGCAGUGAAACCAGAUGAUUGGAAUGAAGAUGCUCCUGCUCAGAUUGUUGAUGAAUCUGCUGUUAUGCCUGAAGGCUGGCUUGAAAAUGAACCAACUCAUAUACCUGACCAAGAUACUAAAAAACCAGCGGACUGGGAUAAUGACAUGGAUGGAGAAUGGGAGCCCCCAUUAAUAGAAAAUCCGGCAUGUAUCAACGCCCCUGGUUGCGGUCCAUGGGAGCCCCCGCUAAUAAAUAACCCUGAAUUCAAGGGAAAAUGGAGACCUCCCAUGAUUGAUAACCCCAAUUACAAAGGAAAAUGGAAACCUAGAAGGAUACCCAAUCCAGAAUUUUUUGAAGACAAGGAGCCAUUUAGAAUGCACCCUGUGUCAGCAGUAGGAUUUGAACUUUGGUCCAUGUCAAAUGAUAUUCUUUUUGACAAUCUGAUCAUAACUGAUCGAAUUGAAGUAGCUGAACAUUGGGCAGCUGCAACGUUUGACAAGAAACGUCAGAAAAUCGCCAAAGAUUCAGUCUCAUUAUUCGGGAGAAUCAAAAAAUCUCUGAACUACAAUCUGACAGGUUGGACUCUGUACUUUAUGUAUUGCGCCUUCCCGAUAGUAUUGUAUGGGUACUAUUUGUACAGAUGCGUCAAGGAGGAGAGCCUUGUACAAAAGCUUGCGAAUAUAACAAAUGACUACCCGAUCCUUUGGGCCUUGUAUAUUGUAGUAUUAGGAAUACCUGUAGCAUUUGUGUUAUACCUUUGCUGCAAACCCUCCGCUAGUAAACAACAGGAGAAGGAAGAACUGAACCAGGCAGCUGAGAAAAAAAAGACUGAUGAAGUUACUGAGGAUAACAAUAAACAAGUGAUUGAACAACAGGAAGGUCAAGAGGCAGACGCUAAUGACGAGGAGGAGGAGGAGGAGGAGGAGGAGGAAGAUGCAGAAAAGAACUCAAAUCCAGAUAGUGAAGAAGAUAAUGAAGCUGUGGAAGAUGAGACCAAGACUGGUGAACAGAAUCAAACAGCAAAUUCAGAAGGAGCAAGGAAAAGGAAGGUGCGAAAGGAUUAAACAAUUUUUCUUUUAUAUAUAGAAUAUUAUAGCUCUAUUUAUUCAAUAGUGAAGUAAUGUCGAAUCAUUCUUAGGAUUAGUUCUGUGCAUAAAAUAAGAUUCUUAGCAUGAUUUAACUGAAAAAUUACAGCUUUUGUAUAUAUUAUGUUUAGUGAAUUGUUUUUGCAUUUGUAUUAUUGUUUGAAAUUCAUCACGGGUGUGUAAGUUUUGAAUUUAAUAUAUUUUAAAUUUAAAUUUA